AUGCGGAUGCCCGCCAACGCCAACGCCAACGCCAACGCCAACGCCGUUGCCGUUGCCGUCACCGUCGCAGCCGACAACCGGCCGGUCGUUACCGCUGCUGGUGGUGCUUCUCCUGCUGCUGUUGUUGUUUCUUCACCCUCAGAGACUCUUCAGCCUCCUCCUCCUCCUCCGCCUCCACUUCCUCCGCCCUCAGUCCCGUCCAUGUCGUUGUCGCUGGCUCGCCCGUCGCGCCAUGACACCGCCCAUGCUUCCGGCCGCCUCGAACCUUAUUCCUUCUCUGUCAACCAUCCGCCGCCGCCGACCUACUACCGCCGCUUGGCUGCCGGUCCAGCUCCCGCUCCGCCGCCAAACGUGUCUUCGGUUUCCACGCCGGGUCCUCCCGCUGCAGCCGCUGCAGCCGCUGCAGCCUCCCGUCACGACGCGCUCAGAUUUCCUCCAUCGCCCUCGCCAACACCCUCGCAUCCCACCACCUUCGGCGUCCUCGGCGGCAGCAACCACGACAGGAAUCACAGUAAUCACAGUAACUCAAGCUUCGUUAGCAACGCCAGCCAUGGCUAUGCCACUCUUACCCCGCGUUCCGACCCCAAGCCCAGCCGCUGUUCCGUCAUGGACCUUCAGAACGUGCUGUGCGACCCGGAUGACGAUGUGAACAUGGCCUCGUCGCGCUCGAGUCACCCCCCUACGCCCCCCCAUCUUGCUGAUGUACUCAAACCUCCCGCCUCGAGUUCCAUGCCCGCCUCUCCAACCUCGGAUUCCUUAGAGACCCCGACGUUUGUGGCUCGUCCGAAUCCCUCUCACGUUGUCAUGACUACGAGGCCUCAAUUGCAGACCUCUCAACCCCAGCACGCGGAGCCUGGCUGCAAGACCUGUCAAAUACGCCAGAACUGCUCACGCAUGGGCAUCCAUUGCUUGGGCUAUCUUUCUCCGAGUCAUGCCAGCACCCAACAGGCGUCGGACCGUUCCGUGCCCAGCGUUAGUGCCAACGCCAGACGCCAGGAUCAGGAAGAGUAUCUCUUCUUCCUCCUAGAUCAUUACCGACACACCAAACGCCACUGCAUGUGGGAACUCAUCACCCUCGAUUUCAAUGAGCAUUUUUCAUGUAACAUGCGUAAGGAGGCUCUACAGAUGAUCAAACGCCGAAGAUUAAAGGACAAGGAGUAA